AGCUGUCAGGAGCCAAGCAGCGGGCGGGUGGCGGGAUCCGACGUCGGCUCUGGACCCGGCUGACUGAACCCAGCGCCGCAGCUGCGGGGAGGGCAGCGCAACCCCGGCUCCCCGCGCGGUCGCAGAGGCGAGCAGGGACUAGCGGGCGGCCCGCCCGGGGCGCAGGCGAGAUGGGGAACCGGGAGAUGGAGGAGCUGAUCCCCCUGGUGAACCGUCUGCAGGACGCCUUCUCGGCGCUGGGGCAGAGCUGCCUGCUGGAGCUGCCGCAGAUCGCCGUGGUGGGCGGCCAGAGCGCAGGCAAGAGCUCCGUGCUCGAGAACUUCGUGGGCAGGGACUUCCUCCCUCGAGGGUCAGGCAUCGUAACGAGAAGGCCUCUGGUGCUCCAGCUUGUAACUUCCAAAGCAGAAUAUGCUGAAUUUCUACAUUGCAAAGGAAAAAAAUUUACAGAUUUUGAGGAAGUUCGCCAUGAGAUUGAAGCAGAAACAGAUCGAGUGACUGGAAUGAAUAAAGGCAUUUCCUCCAUACCAAUUAAUUUACGAGUCUGUUCCCCACAUGUGUUAAAUCUGACCCUUAUCGAUCUACCUGGAAUUACUAAAGUGCCCGUCGGGGAUCAGCCCAUAGAUAUUGAGCAUCAGAUCCGAGAGAUGAUUAUGCAGUUCAUCUCGCGGGACAACUGUCUGAUUUUGGCCGUGACCCCAGCUAACACCGACCUUGCAAACUCAGAUGCACUGAAGCUAGCUAAAGAUGUGGAUCCCCAAGGUCUAAGAACCAUUGGAGUCAUCACCAAGCUGGACCUUAUGGAUGAAGGAACGGAUGCCAGGGACAUCCUAGAGAACAGGCUGCUGCCUCUUCGCAGGGGUUACAUAGGGGUGGUCAACAGAAGCCAGAAGGACAUAGAUGGGAAGAAGGACAUUAAAGCGGCCAUGUUGGCAGAAAGGAAAUUCUUUCUCUCACACCCGGCUUACAGACAUAUUGCUGACCGGAUGGGGACCCCACACCUGCAGAAGGUCCUUAAUCAGCAACUCACCAACCACAUUCGAGAUACCCUGCCAAACUUCAGGAACAAACUACAAGGACAGUUGCUCUCCAUAGAACACGAAGUAGAAGGCUUCAAGAACUUCAAGCCCGAAGACCCCACCAGGAAGACCAAAGCGCUACUACAGAUGGUCCAGCAGUUUGCCGUGGACUUUGAGAAGAGAAUCGAAGGCUCAGGGGACCAAGUUGACACCCUGGAGCUCUCAGGGGGAGCGAAAAUCAAUCGUAUUUUUCACGAACGCUUUCCUUUUGAAAUAGUAAAGAUGGAGUUCAACGAGAAAGAACUGCGGAGAGAAAUAAGCUAUGCAAUCAGAAAUAUCCACGGCAUCAGGACCGGGUUGUUUACUCCAGACAUGGCGUUCGAAGCAAUAGUCAAAAAACAAAUUGUAAAGCUGAAAGGGCCUUCCUUGAAGAGUGUAGAUCUCGUAAUACAAGAAUUAAUCAACACCGUCAAGAAGUGUACCAAAAAGCUGGCCAACUUCCCCAGACUCUGCGAGGAAACGGAGAGGAUUGUCGCUAACCACAUUCGCGAGCGAGAAGGGAAGACAAAGGACCAGGUAUUGCUGCUGAUUGACAUCCAGGUCUCCUACAUCAACACCAACCACGAAGAUUUCAUUGGCUUCGCAAAUGCUCAACAGAGGAGCAGUCAAGUUCACAAGAAAAACACAGUUGGAAAUCAGGGAUCCAAUCUUCCGCCUUCAAGGCAAAUUGUGAUCCGCAAGGGCUGGCUAACCAUCAGCAACAUUGGUAUCAUGAAAGGAGGCUCCAAGGGGUACUGGUUCGUCCUGACUGCCGAAAGCUUGUCCUGGUAUAAAGAUGAUGAGGAAAAAGAAAAGAAGUAUAUGCUUCCCUUGGACAACCUGAAAGUUCGGGAUGUGGAAAAGAGCUUUAUGUCUAGCAAGCACAACUUUGCAAUUUUUAAUACAGAACAGAGGAAUGUAUACAAAGAUUAUCGCUUCCUUGAGCUGGCAUGCGAUUCACAGGAGGAUGUAGACAGCUGGAAAGCAUCUCUGCUAAGAGCUGGAGUUUAUCCUGAUAAAUCUUUAACUGAAAAUGAUGAGAAUGGCCAAGCAGAAAACUUUUCCAUGGACCCCCAACUGGAGAGGCAGGUGGAGACCAUUCGCAACCUUGUAGACUCCUACAUGUCCAUCAUCAACAAAUGCAUCCGAGACCUGAUUCCGAAAACGAUAAUGCACCUGAUGAUCAAUAAUGUGAAGGAUUUCAUAAACUCGGAGCUCCUGGCACAGUUGUAUUCUUCAGAGGACCAAAACACUCUGAUGGAGGAAUCUGCUGAGCAGGCUCAGCGGCGGGACGAGAUGCUUCGAAUGUACCAAGCCCUUAAAGAAGCCCUUGCCAUCAUUGGCGACGUCAGCACCGCCACGACCUUCACCCCCGCACCGCCUCCCGUGGACGACUCCUGGAUACAGCACUCUCGCAGGUCACCCCCUCCGAGCCCCACCACCCAAAGGAGACCCACGCUGAGCGCCCCACUGGCACGGCCCACGUCCGGCCGAGGGCCGGCUCCCGCCAUUCCCUCCCCCGGACCCCACUCGGGGGCGCCCCCAGUUCCGUUCCGGCCCGGCCCGUUGCCUCCUUUCCCCAACAGCAAUGACUCGUUCGGAACCCCUCCGCAAGUCCCGUCUCGGCCCACGCGGGCCCCGCCCAGUGUCCCCAGCCGGAGACCACCCCCGUCACCAACUCGUCCUACCAUAAUCCGUCCACUAGAAUCCUCCCUGUUAGACUAAACGAAGUAUCUGGCGUGGCAAUUAAUUACUAAUGAAUUAUGCGAAAGCAACAUAUUUGAUAACCAUUGCAGUAACUCAUGAGUAGUCGCCCGUGUGGACACCAGUAGGCAAGUAACCAGUUUUACUAACGCAUUUGUCACUCAUCUUCAUUGCUCAUGGUCUGUCAGACCUUUGGGGUUUGACUCUUGAAAACUGCUGACCCUUCGAGGUUUUAUCUGUUACACUGACCAAGGUAGGUGUGUACAGCAGCCUUAUACUUUGGGGACCAUUUGCCCUUCCUGGCAUACAUUUUAAAUUGCUUUGGACAAGUUUCCCAGGUUACUGACCCGAUAGAUGGCCCAUUAACUAUGAUGCUUAAGAGAUAGGCGAUGGUGGGCGGAAACCUCAGCCAUACACACUUGUUUUCCCACAUUCCGUCUUGGCUGACAAAAAUGAUGUUUCCGCCUACUCCGUAAUGACCCAUUUAGAUCCUCUUUUCUUCCUCUAUUUCAUAAGGCUGCUUAGGAAGUAAUUUUUUUUUUAAAUUAGGAUUCCUUAAGACUAAAACUUUUCCAGAAGAGCAAGGUGGUUUGCCAAGGAAAAGUUAAUGCAUUGCUUGCUCUAGAGAGCUUCUCCGCGUUGCCAGUGUGUUUUGCUUCGUGCUGGAAGCAUCUUCAACAGCACAUCAGAGCUUGUUUUUCAGUCUUCAGUCAGUAGAUUUGGCUAGUUUCAAAAUUCAAGGAAGAAGCAAAAUGUCUCAUCUGGAGAAGUAUCUGGAAAAAUGUAAUUUCUUUAUUCACUUAUAUACUCACCUCCUUAUAGGUGACAGUGAAGGUUGACGUGGAAAUUACUUACUUUUUCAGACUGGUCUAAUUUUAGGCAUGGCUAACUAUACUUUGACACUAACUCCAGUUUAUUUAUCUUCUUGGUUGGUUGGAGCAAAAAGAUUUCUUUCUUUCCCUGCUAAUAUGUAAUUUCUUCAUGUAAAAAUGUACCCUACCUUUCAAACAGGUGUAAAGUAAUUUUCUAUCCAUCCUAGGCUUUCUUAAUAAGUCUUGAGCCUUACUGACGGGAUAACCGCAUUUAAAAC